GUUUAUAUUCGCACUUCUGCAACGAAAUAUGGCGCCGAAUGUGAUGGUCUUUCAUUUCGCCUCGACAGUGGUAUUUUUGGGCAGUUACCUUUGUCUUGGGGAAACUUUGAAUGCCAAGUUACCAGGCAUGUUAUUUCCCAGAGAAUCCGAGAGUCGUGAAGUGAAGGAUUUAUGUGGAUUUUGGAACUUCCGGGCAGAUAUGUCUGCCAACAGGAUGGCCGGAUUCGAACAGAGUUGGUUUACCAAACCUUUAUGGCAGGUAAGAAGUUGACUCCACCAUUUAAACUGCAUUCAGUCGUAUUCAGUCGCAAAAGAUGUUCAUGGCUAGGGAUUCUGGUCAUUUACUAAGCUCUUCGUCCAUGUGCGUCAGAAGCCUGUAAGAAAAAAAGCACAGUCUACUCUAUUGAAAGUGAAAAUCAUCGCGAGCGGAGUCUUUCUCUUCCUUUACAUUAUCGGUAAUUAGUAGCGUUCUUUGCCAAUUGAACUGUGAGGAAAAAUCUCAUUUAACCGAACAUCAUGUAAUCCUUUUGCAAGUAAUUGCAUCGCAACUUGAAAUUUUCAAGGAAACAUAGAAAAUAAUUAAAGUCAACCCUGGAACAAAUCCAAUGCAUAGCCUAAGGGGCGGGGUCUAAGGGUGCUUGUACUUCCCCUCAAGGUAUGGGGGGGGAACUCCUUGAAAUUGUUGGUUAUGAUGUGCCACUUGGUUCUCCUCUUCCUUUAAACAGAAAUAGUAACGAUGGGUAUACCACCCUGCCCCACAAAAAAUAAACAAAACUAAGUAUGAAGAAAACCUCACUCAGCUCUCAUUAGCUUUUAAGUUACUCUAAGUUGCAAUGUGGUUUAUGGCAUGCAGUAACAAUGGUUAGAGAGCUUGCUAUCAACUCCUUAAUUGUGUAUUUUCACAGACAGGUAAUGUUAUUCCUAUGCCUGUACCAUCAAGCUAUAAUGACAUAACACAAGACAGAGCCUUGAGGGACUUUGUUGGUUGGGUGUGGUAUGACAGGGAAGUUUAUGCUCCAAAAAUGUGGAAGUCAGAGGAAAUCAGGGUUGUGCUCCGCUUUGAAAGUGCACAUUACAACACCUUGGUGGUAAGUGUUAUUGUUUCUCAAUAUCCUUGUUAACACUAGAUUUUAAAACAAAGUGUAGUUAAGGAUUAGAAAGAGCUCUGGUUCUUUGCAGGUAUCACCUAAUAUCAUACCCCUAGAUGAGUAGAGACAUGUGUUAUACCUUAGUUUUUGAGAGUGGAAGAUGUAAUUGCCUAUUAUAGGGUAUAAUUCAACCAACAGAAAGAACACUGCAAAUUUACAAACUCAGACAAGUACUUAAUUGAACAACCUGUAAUAUUCUUAAUAAGGAGUGAUUCAUAAAGGCAGUACAAUAUUUUAUCCUCAAUGAACUUACUUAAGCCCACUACAGUCUAUGUCUUAGCUUACCAUUGACCCAAACUCACAGUUGUCUCCAAAGUUCCUUGAAAUGAACAGUCUUUUACUGACAGUAACUCUCUCUCGGUAUAGCUUUCCUAACAGUCAGUCACUCCCAUCAACAGCAACUAAUUCUACACUACAGAGUACUUAUAAACAUUUACAAAGUAUUCCAGAAUGUUCCAGAAGUUUAUAACACAACUAUCUCGGUAGUAUUACAUCAUAAAUACAUGACCUAAUAGAAUGUUUGAGAAAAGUCCUAAUGUAUGCAAGUCAGCAUGAUUAAGCAUUCUAGAAAUUUCUUUAUUAUAUUUAUCUUACAGUUUUUACAAUCCAUAACACCUAUCAAUUACUGUAUUGGGUACUGGGUUGAAAGGCCUGGGUUCAUGACCUGGCAGUGUAAUUGUUUUGUGUUCCUGGCCAAGACACUUUACUCUCACAGUGCUUUUCUCCAUCCUGGAAUAUUAAUAAAAAUGGGUACACAAAACUGUUAGGGAAAUUUUACAAAAUAUCAAGGGCUAACUUACAAUAGAAAUCCCACUAAGGGUUAGUAGCAAUACUCCUUGUAACUGGUGGUGUUAGACUCCAGUUGGUUAAGCCACUUGGCCUAAGUAAGACUUAACCAUUCCUUUUAAUUCAUAACAUUAUGAUCAUAACAAAUCUGAUGUGGACUCUAACCAGAACCAGUCUACUAGAUUCUCAUCCCUACCACCAUAGAAGAAACUUAAACCCAAACUCCUUGACUGACUUUUCUUGCUUAAAGCAUGAGUGAUUCUAAUCUGUUUGUAGUGGCUUAAUGGCAAGGAAGUGAUGGCUCAUUCUGGAGGCCAUCUUCCCUUUGAAGCGGAUGUCACAUCAUUGUUGUCUUUUGGAGCAGUUAACAGGAUAACUGCAGCAGUGAACAACACACUGACUCCUUCUACUCUUCCACCCGGAGAAAUACAAUACAAGACUGGUGAUAGGUAAGAUUAAACAAAUCAAAAGAGGUCAUCAAUCAAUUUGGCAAUUCUCUGGACAAGUAUAUUAUUUUGCUGAAGCAAAAAAUUCUUUUAUUGCCCAUCUUUUUCUGGUCAUAAGGACUGGAUAUUGAUGUUACACAUAUUUCUUUGUCCAAAACAAGCAAAAAGGGACAAGGCAAAAACUAUUUACCCAUCUUGGGCUGACUAUCAGGCUUUCCAAGGCUAGCCCAUCCUGACUUCUUUAUCAAUAAUGUAUAAUUAUAUAUUUAAUAUAACUUCAGGUAUCCUCCAGGAUAUUUUGUUCAAGAAACUACCUUUGACUUCUUCAACUACGCUGGUAUCCACCGUCCUGUAAAACUCUACACAACUCCUGUUGUUCACUUGUCAGACAUCACUAUAACAACAGACUUCUCAGAGGAGGAGGGCAUGGUCAAGUUUCACACCACAGCAUCCUCCUUAAAUGUGUCAAUGAGUUAUGAACUCAUGGAUAAGGCUGGUAAUGUGGUAGCCUCAGCAGAAGGUUCAGGCCUAUUUGAAGGCACUCUGAUUGUGAAGAAGCCAAUUCUCUGGUGGCCAAUUGGAAUGAGCAAUCAACCAGCAUAUCUUUAUUCACUGAAGGUAAUAAAAGAUUAUUUGCAAGGGGAUCUCAUGACAGUUAACUUGAUCAAAAGUCUAAAAUAUUCAUUGAAAAAAAAUUAUCUAGUCAGUUUAUUACUUGAACUGUUGUGCUGGAUAAGUUGCUUGUUGUUUCCAUAUUGAGCUAGUAGAAAAUACUUGUUGAAAAAAAUUUUGGUAGAAUCCAGAGCAGUUCCAUGAUUUUUAAUUAAAAUAACAGUAACCUAAAGUCAUGCAUAUCAUUCUCUGGUAUAUUAACCAUUUAACUCCCAGAAGUGAUGGACAUGUAAUUUCUCCUUAUUAUAUCCAAACACUUUCCAGCAAGCAGUUUAUGAGUGUACAUUAACUAGAUGGGAGAAUUAAAAACCAGAUCUUGGAAGUUAAAGAGUUAAGAUUCAAACAAGUUGCAAAAUGUUCAGACACUUCCCUAUGUAAGUAACCAUAUCUUGGAGAAAUCCCAUGCCAAAACUUUAUUUGUACCAUAGUUUCUUUGGUUGGAAACUCUCAGAACUGACCAUAGUCAACCACAAAGGCUCGGCAUUUCAUAUGUUCACUCCACAGUGUCUCUGACUAAUGGUACCUUUUACCUGUCUCUAUGCAGGUCAAAACUCAUUCCCAUCUACUUGAUAUUGAUGACAUUUACUACCUACCAGUCGGUAUUCGGACAGUUGAGGUGAAAGGAACAAAAUUUCUCAUCAACAACAGGUCAUUUUACUUCAAAGGAUUUGGCAAGCAUGAAGAUGCUGAUGUAAGUAGUGUGAUGUGGAAACGCUUUUAAAGAAACUUUCAAUCAGGUUUUGAAAUGAAUUUAGGACUUUGGGUCGCAUUGUUUAAGUUUCUUUCUUCCUAGCCUUAAAAAGUGUAUUUUGUUUAAGUACAUAGUACAUCUAAAACCAAGAAAUCACUACAAAGGAUCCUAACCGAAAAAAUUGAAAAGGAACCAUCGGGAACUAAAACAUACAUACUAGGCAACCUGCUCUGAGCGCAGGAAAACGCGAGUGACCAAGUUGGGAUUGAUUUUACUUUUGCAUCUGAUUGGUUGAGAGGAUUGCGCGAGUUUUUUUUAAGACCAAUUACAGAGCAAAGCUAAAUUAAACUAAAUCAAACCUGGCUUGCUUUCGACACUCCAUUAAAAAUUGCCCUAUAUUUGAUUUGUCAAGAAGGUGGAACGAUACUACAUCAAAAAAUGCUCAUUUUAGGAUAUACGUUGUUGUUGGAUUGUAUUCUUGUUAUUAUAUUCACCAUCUUUUCUUGACUUGUAAAUGUUUUUUGCAGAUUCGUGGUAAAGGAAUGGACUAUGCUAUCAUUGCCAAAGACUUCAACCUUAUCAAGUGGUUGGGCGCCAAUUGUUUCCGAACCAGUCAUUACCCAUACGCUGAUGAAAUCAUGGACAUGGCAGACCAACAAGGAAUUGUUGUCAUUGAUGAAAGCCCAGGAGUGGGAAUUAGAGAGUAAGUGGUGAAUCAGCAAUUUUCAUUGGUUUAGUUUUGGGUGUGAAUCUGAUUGGUCGAGAGGGUGACGCGAGUUCUUCAGACCUAUCCUAGUGCAAGGUAAAGCAACACUCACUUGCAGAUUGCGCUAUCACAAAACAUCCAUGACCAGGUCGCGAUUAGUCUUAGUUCUGCGUCUGAUUGCUGAACAGGAUGGUGCAUGUUUUCAGACCAACCAAUGAGCGAAAACAAUAUAUUGCUAUUCUAGAUUACUUUUGAACUGAAAUUGGUGUCACUAGUCGAUCGCGCUUUUUUUCAUUUCUCUCACAGUCUUUUUUUUAAACAAUUAGUUUCAUAUCCCAAAACUUGGAGCAAAGUUGUGUCCAUUCAAAUGAACCAAACAGACGAACACGAACAAAAGCUCGUGCUGCUAGGCUCUAAGUUAGACGAGAAGAGCGGAAAAGCGUGCGCAGGAAAAUAGCAGCGGACGCGAGGCGCGCAGCAGUUACUAAUGUUUGGGCAACGGUACACCUGCCUUCUUGCUUUUUUUUCCCGCGCCAGCUUUUUCGCUCGUUUUUACUGACUGAGAGCCUGAAAAAAGCUAUAUGAACCUCUGUUUGUUGUUCCAGAAAGAACUUCAGGAAUGACACGCUCCACCAUCACUUGGACGUCAUGGCAGAGUUAGUUCGUCGUGACAAGAAUCGGCCUUCAGUUGUCAUGUGGUCUGUAGCUAAUGAACCGGCAUCCGGGGAUUCUGCCGCUGGACCUUACUUUAAGUAAGUUGUAUUACAGAUACAAGAGAUUAUGAGUUGAGAGAGCCUAUCCUCAAUGCAUGUCGGAAUAUGAUAUCGUGAUCAUUGGCCGCGCAAUAAUAGAAGCUAGAGAUUAAAUAACUUCAAAGCGUGGCGCAAAGUUUGAAAUAGAGUUCAAGAAGUUGUCUCUGAUUUUGAGGAUAUGUUUUCUUUGUCACCAAUCCUCCCUUAGCAGAUAGUAUGGCAAAGCCUUUCGAUGAAAUUCUUGAAAUAGCAAAGUAUUCUACAAAACUAUUAGAACUGAAAGAGAACUCAGGGAAUUACAUGACUGAAUUCACGCACAGAAAAAAGCCAGUGACGUUGUCUUUGCGUCUGAUCGGUCGGAGGGGUGGUUAAUGAUUUAGCAACAGAGUAACCUCGAAGUUAUACCUUCCAAACACUGAAUGAUAGUUUUCCUUACCCUUUUCAUCACUAAAUUCGUUACAUUCCUGCUCGCUCUCUCUCGCACCUUUACCAUCCCUUUCGGACACAACGUUCCAAUACUGUAUUUGAGAGAGGGAAUACCCGAUCUUCGGAAGAAAGAAGCUCUCGCGACAACUCUUGUCAACGUCCCGGGUACUUCUUUCAUUGAACUGUUUUCGUUAUGCUGUUUCCGCUAUUUCUGUCUGAAGAGAGUAGUGAUCGUUUCUCGACAGAUCUGUCAUCGAAUUUACUCGCUCACUGGAUACAACUCGACCUGUCACGUUUGUCACUUCCUCCCGCGCCGACGAAGAUAAGGCGGUAAGUUCAGUGCACUUCAGUUGAGUGUUGUAAAGAAAACUCGUCAAAGCAGCCAAUCACAACAAACGAAAACAUCAUUUUUGGCCGAUAAGAACACGAAGUUAAGGCCAGAAGGCCAUUUGAAGCGCGGGAAAAAGCGAGUGACCAAGUCUAAACUGCUUACAUUUCGAGAUAUGUGCAACUACGAGCAGGCCAUGGUAUCAUCUCAUGUCAAACCCUGGCAAUGCUUCUUAACGUGAAUACUCUUAUUUGUUUAUUUAUUUAUUUUUCCUGUGGUUUUCAAAUAGGUGCAGUAUGUUGAUGUAAUUUUGUGCAAUCGCUACUAUGCUUGGUACGAAGAUUAUGGACAAACACAGCUUAUCAGCCGCCAGUUGGAAGGAGAGCUCAGAGCCUGGUUUGACACGUUUAAUAAACCAGUGGCACAAUCUGAAUAUGGAGCUGGAACGAUCGCUGGAUUUCACAUGGUUAGCAGUAGUGUAAUAAUCAGAGUAGUUCUCAAUGAGCGUCGAAAUACCAAAAUUAGAGUCAGAACAACGGCCAAUUAGAACUCAAGUAUCAGCAGGCAAACUGCUAAAAGCGCGGGAAAACGCGGGUGACCAAGUGACGAUUGGUUUCAGUUUUGCGUUUGAUCGCUUGAGAGGAUAGAACUAGUUUUUUAUACCAACCUGUGAGCGAGGUAAAGCAAACCAAAGUAAUCGCGCAUCACUUUCGGCACUCGAUUGAAAAUUGCUCUGUUUGAUCCUAGACAUCCCAGUUACUUGGUUUUGCAGUUGAGGUUCUCUGAUGAAACCUGUAUGAAGGGAAUUGUGUAUUUCAUAAAACAAGGAUAAAUGCUUUGUAAAUCCCCACGCCUUUUUUUUUUAACGCAGAAUGAUCCAAACUAAUGCCUGCAGUUUGCUUCCUUCCUUCAGGAUCCGCCUCUCAUGUUUACUGAAGAUUACCAGGUGAGACCUUUCAAAUUUACUGCUAGCUUUUGUAAAUUUAAUAGGUUGUGUUUAAUUUUCUUGACGGAAUUUUGACUGGAUCUCGUUGUGCUCCAAAUAAACAGGUGGAAACCAUUCAGCAGUAUUUCCCCGUGUUUGAUAAAUUGAGGGAAGAAUUCUUUGUUGGUGAACUGAUAUGGAACUUUGCGGAUUUCAUGACCAAACAACGUAAGAUUGUCUUGCUGUAAAUGAGGUCUACAACAAUUUUUCAUCUAUAUCAGGAUACUGCUUCCUUUAGAGAGCACAUUUAGACUGGGUGUUGUAAAAUUGGUCAUAACGACUUCAUCAGAACAAAAACAAUAAUCUUAAGACGCCAAUAAGAUCCAAAGGCCUGAAGCGCAAGAAAAUGCAGACGAACAAAUCGGUUGAAAGCGCCAAUGAGAACUUAGAGGCCUGAAAUGUGGGAAAACGUGGACGAAUAAAUCGAUGGAAGGCGCCAAUGAGAAGUCAAAAGGCCGAAGUGCGGCAAAACGCGCGUGACCUACUCGUGAUUUGUUUUCGUUUUACUUGUGAUUAGAGAAGGUGGGACAAGUUUUCUGAACCAAUCGUACGCUGUAAUAAAGCAAAGCAAAGCAAAGCUAAAGCAACCCGGAUUACCUUUGAUACUAAGUUGAAACAGUUUUGAACUGUUUUUCUCGGAUGAACCAGUACUACAGCCUUGUAUAAGCUAGUGGUGAAGGUUUUCUCAAACAAUUUUCGUGAUUUAUUUUGUUUCCAGAAACGACGCGAAUUGUUGGCAACAAGAAAGGUAUCCUUACCCGUCAAAGGCAACCGAAAGCCGCAGCUCGGGUUCUGCGCCAGCGAUACCUGAACAUUUCGGUGGGAGUGGAAGGGAAUAGCUGGAAAGAAGAUGACACAGACUUUUUUGUCAGAUUUUAUGCCACUGAGAACCUUGUUGGACUCGAUAAUAGAACUUAAGUACUUUGAAGGUCUCUAGACUGUCACAGUGACAGCACGACCUGACAGUUUUGAACAAUGACGUGACACAGCAGUGUGGCGGGACGAUGAUUAUUAAUUUUUCACUAGACAGGAAGUGAGCUUGCGGAUUUUCUAGAGGCACUUCUGGGUAAUUUGGUAUGUAAUGGUGUUUGGGAACUUACAAUAUCUUCCAUAAUCUACGUGUUUAUCUGUAAUGUGACGAUGUAAUAGAACGUAUCGUGCAGUUAUUGGAGUGCGCGCGAGCACUCUUAAGUGUUUGAGCUAUUUUAAAAAUGUUUUUAAAAUAAAAAUCGAAACGUCUUGCAG